GACAUGUCUGCUGCCCACAAAGUGCUGACUGAGGAUCACUUCCUGUGCUCCAUCUGUCUGGAUGUGUUCACUGAUCCAGUCACCACACCAUGUGGACACAACUUCUGCAAAAACUGCAUCACUGAUCACUGGAACAUUAGUGACAUCUGCCAGUGUCCCAUCUGUAAAAAGGAGUUUAAGACCAGACCUGAACUGGACAUCAACACUUUUAUCUCUGAGAUGGUCGCUGUGUUCAGACGUGAAGCUCAACAGGAAACCAGUAGCUCAGAGCAACAAGCUGCGGAAGCAGGAGAAGUUCUCUGUGACAUCUGCACUGGAACCAAGCUGAAGGCCCUGAAGUCCUGCCUGGUGUGUCUGCUCUCCUACUGUGAGACUCACCUGGAGCUCCAUCUGACCAAGUCAGUCCUGAAGAGACAUCAGCUGGUGGAUCCUGUGGAGGACCUGGAAGACAGGAUGUGUCUGAAACAUGACAAACCUCUGGAGCUGUUCUGUCGGACCGACCACACAUGUAUCUGCCUGCUCUGCUCUGUUUUAGACCACAAGACUCACCAGGUUGUUCCUCUGAAGGAAGAAUAUGAAGAACAGAAGGCAGAGCUGCUGAAGACAGAUGCUGAAGUUCAGCAGAUGAUCCAGAAGAGACGCCUGAAGAUCUCUGAGAUCAGAGAGUCUCUGAGGAUCAGUAAUGAUGCUGCAGACGGACAGAAAGCAGAAGGUGUUCAGGUCUUCACGGCUCUGAAGGAGAUAGUUGAGAGACGCCUGAAGCAGCUGAUAAAGGAGGUGGAAGACCAACAGAAAGCAGCAGAGGAACAGGCUGAAGACUCCAUCCAACAUCUGGAGCAACAAAUCUCUGAGCUGAUGAAGAGGAGCUCUGAGAUAAAGCAGCUCUCAGACUCUGAAGACCACCUCCACCUCCUCCAAAGCUUCAGGGCCCUGAAAGCUGCUGCACCCACCGAGGACUUGAUGGAGGUCACUGUUCAUUCUCCAUCAUAUGAGGGGACUGUGGUGAGAGCUGUAGCUCAGAUAGAGGAGACGCUGACAGAAGUCAUGAAGAAGAUCAAACUGAAGCUGAUCAAGAAGUUUGCAGUGGAUGUGACUCUGGAUCCUGAUACAGCAAAACCUAACCUUAUCCUGUCUGAUGAUGGGAAACAAGUAAGUUAUGGUGUGAAGAAGAAUCUUCCCAACAAUCCAGAGAGAUUUACUCAUUGGGCGAAUGUUUUUGGAAAACAGAGUUUCUCUUCAGGCAGAUUUUACUUUGAGGUUCAGGUGAAAGGGAAGACUGGAUGGGAUGUAGGUGUGGCCAGACAGUCAGUCAACAGGAAGGAACUAGUCUUACUGAGUCCUCAGUGUGGUUUCUGGAGGAUGGGUUUCGAGAACCAAGUAUACAAAGCUUCUGCUGAUCCUUAUGUCCGUCUCUCUGUUCUGGCACCGUAUAAGAAGGUGGGAGUGUUUGUGGAUUAUGAGGAGGGUCUGGUCUCCUUCUAUGAUGCUGACAAUGCAGAUCACAUCUACUCCUUUACAGGCUGCUCUUUCACUGAACCACUCUACCCGUUCUUAAAUCCACAUAAUAAUAAUACGGGUAAAAACUCUGCUCCUCUGAUCAUCACUCCGGUCAGUCACACUGAGUAGAAGAAUAAAGUGAUUCUCUGCUGAAGGAGCAGCUUUCUCUGGAAUCAUCAGCUUGGAGGUUGAAUACCAGCUUUCACUUGUACAUGUGUUGAACUUUAUCACUCCAUGCAGACAAGUCGUGGCAGCUUUCAGCAAUCACACUCUUAAUUUCUCCAGGAAUGACCCAUUCUAGUUGUAACUGUAAUAAAUCUACAUGUUUGAUCAGCUGUAGAUUCUGAUUCGUGUUUUUCUGCUGAGACACACCAGCUUCAUCAUACUGGUUCAUCUGGUUCAUAAGAGCAGUUUGUGUCUCCAAGAGAGUCAAAUGAUCUGAAAAAUCACAGUUUAAUGAACAGUAAUUAGAUCUUUAUGUAUUUAGGAAUGAACUUUGAAUCAGAAUUAUCCAUCAAACAAUCUGUGGUGGAGUCUAACAAAAUAUUUUACUGAAUGUUUUCCAUUUUUUGUGUUUUAAAUAUGAAAUAAUUGACCUGACUGUAUGUUAAAAA